AUGUGUCGAAAGCGCGAGAGACAAGCGAGAAGAUCCAGCGAGACCGGGGCCGUCUCAAUAAAUAGUCACGGGUCGAAGGAACCAGUGUCACCCGCUGGUCGAGUGUCCGUGUCCGAGUCGGGGUCUACGGCUGUCACGCACGAUACGGUGUGGAGGGAUGGAUCGAUGAGAGGCACCGAACAGUGGCCAGCAGCACAACAGGCCGAAAAGGGUGUUCAAUGGGCUGUUGCUGGUGUUUGGGGGCUGGCGCCAAAGUCUAAGCGGGAUUGGGUUGAACAAGACAAAGAAACGAAGAGUAGAGUGCUGCGACCACUGCGGGUCUUCCAGGCAUCCUGUGUCGACUGCUGGAAAGCCCUUCUGCAUGACGACUGCACCCGUAAUUGGAAUGAGAAAUCUCAAUCCCUGCGACCCCCCAUGCCUCCCUCCCGCUUCCCCGACCGCCGCGACACGCCCCUUCGAACCCCUAGCGGCUCCACCCCAACCACCAGCAGCGAUCUGCUCAGUCUGUGA